GUGUAAGUGGUACUCGUAUGUGACGAAAAGGAAAGGACCACUUUGUAUCAUACUGCUAAUGAACAGAGGCGAAAGUCAAGCGCCGACAUUGCAGAGACGUUGCUUUUGUUUUUCUACCAUAUCCAGUUUCACCCCCUGUCGUCGCUCGCGGUCAUUAUCUCCAGCCUCUUAGCAAUUUAGCAAUGGUAAUCAGGUGAGGGUCCUUUGUCUGGCGUCAAAAGCGUGCGCGCGGUGGGUCUUGUCUGAUCGCCAGGUUGUUGUUGACUCAAGCCGAGCUGGGGGUUGGUCUGCAGGCGAGGAGGCGGAGCUAAACGCUCAACAACACGAAUUUUUAAACCCGCCUCUUUCACUGGGUGAAGAGAGGAAAGUCCUCUGGCUGUGUUUUCGUGCUGUUGCCCGGGGAAGGAGAAAAGUGAUACCCUGUGGUUACAAGAAGGUCUCAGAGGACUUGGGACAACCGGUUGGACUAGGCUGGGUUUGGUGAAGUCUGCUUUACUGAAUGACAAAUGACGCAGGUUCGUGGGGGUGACCCGUCGCAAAUUACCGGGCCGUAUUGAAUGAAAGAGCCGGAGUUUUCUUUGCGCUGUGAGCUGAUAUAAGGUAGAGUGAAGUGGGCACGUGUUUUGGGCCAUGUGGAGGAAUGUGUGAGCUUGUGUAGCUCAGAAGAACGUGAUCGCUGCCGCCUGGAUAGAUCAAUCCAAAAUCCCGUGGAUUUGUUUGGGGGAAGGAAGUACAACUGCCUUUUGCAAACACCGAUCGCUUCCGUGGAACGACUCAGCGGAUGUAUAUAUAGAUAGCGAGCGCGUGCUGACUCAUUAGCCAGCGGGAUUCGAACCCGUGCACGUCGGUAACGUUGCCUGGCUGUCAUUUCGAAGCGGAAGUUGGAUCCCUGCCCGUCUGUCCACGUUGGGUUUGACCUUGUGAGCUCAGCGAGCCGGAUCGGGGGAGUCCUGUACCGUCGGUGUUUGAAGUACGGCGCGGAAUUUAUCGACAAGACUAGAGAGCCGGCGUCGGGUAUCUGGGGAAAUUUUCGGGAGUAGUUUUCACGUUUUAGUGCACCGUCCGCGGAACUGAGAUUCAACUAUGGGCGCUGCGAGCUUAUCAAACUGCGGGAUUGUGUGGUCCUUCUUGUCGCUGUGCUCCACGGGACUGUGCUGUGCCGGGUUCUACUUGCCCUACUGGCUGGAGGGCAACACGCUGGGCAAGCCAGCGUACUUCGGGACCUUUCGGCGGUGCAACUACCCGGCCCCGGGCAAGGAGGGCGACCCGUACGUGGUGGAGGAGUGCGGGCGGUACGCCACGUUCUACGAUAUCCCGAGCAUGUCCUGGCAGAUCUGUACCGUCCUGGUCGGGAUCGGCUGCGGGUUCAUGAUCCUGAUCUCCUUCACCGCGCUCUUGGCGUGCUGUGUGGACGAACUCAUCACCAGUAGGAUCGCCAGAGCCGCCGGCUGGUUCCAAGUUUUCGCCGCCAUCCUGGUAGCAGCAGGUGUGGUGUUGUACCCAAACGGCUGGAGCAGUGUGGAAGUCCAACAGGCUUGUGGCAAUCUCUCCAGAGCUUACGCUCUAGGCACGUGUAAAAUGUCGUGGUCGUACUACAUCACGAUUGGCGGGAGCCUGCUCACCUUCCUGUGCAGCGGUCUGUCCUACAACGCCGCCAGGACGAAAAACGUCCACUACGGAAUAUAGGAACACACCACCAAGACUUCCACACACCCUGGCAUAGCAGAGGCACAGCUGAAUGAAAAGUCUGGAUGGAUCACAUUUGAGUUAUCAAAAUCAGCACGACAAACUGAUUGGAUCAUACAUUUGUACACUUGUUGAAGCCAUUUUUGUACAUCCUCUCACAAGUUUUCGGUGUCAUGCGUAUAGUACUCAUAGGAGCUCAAAGUAAAGAAAAUA